AUGACCGACUUCUAUCACCUGAUUGAUGAUGAAGGCAGACAAGACCAGCUGAAUCAAGUUUUUCAGGCGCAACAAGCCAAGGCAAGCAGAUACCUUCGCAAGGGAGCACGAAAGUCGAGACGAGGGAUACGCCGAACAGAAACGACAAUUGGACUCCACACUCAGAAUGUCCCAGAUAUGCAGAACAAGAUGAAACUCAUCGAAGAGGGCUUCGACAAUCUCAGGCAAACUUCCGUUGCUGAACAGCACUUGGUCGUUUUCCUCCAGGAAACGCAUUCGACGAGCGAAGAGACUCCGACGUUGACGAGGAUACAUAGUCAAAGUUGGGGGUACGAACCAACUCAAGCCAAAGGAAUCUGCUCAUGGUGGAGUCAAAGCGACGGUCGCAAGGCGGGCGUGGCAAUUCUUGUAAGCCCGCAUGCGCAAAUCUCGAACAUCAACCCUACUGGGAAGCGGAAUGGACAUUCCACUGGAUGGCGAUGA